AUCCCCGCCCCCAACUGGAACUCAUUCUUUACCAAACUCAUAAAGAUUCGCGGUCAAAAUGGCGGAUGAAAAGCUAGUAAAACAUAAGGGUGGAUGCCAUUGUGGAAAGGUUCGAUUUGAAGUGAUGGCCCCAGCAAUACUUCAUGUGUACGACUGCAACUGCAGUAUUUGCAAGAAGAAACAAAACAAGCAUUUUAUUGUUCCAAAGGAUCAUUUAACUUUGUUAGAGGGUAAAGACAAUUUAACCUGCUACACAUUUAAUACACAUGCUGCAAAGCACCUUUUCUGCAAGACCUGUGGUGUGCAGAGUUUUUACGUCCCUCGAUCUAAUCCUGAUGGUUAUGGGGUCAUGCCUCAUUGUUUAGAUGAGGGUACAGUGGAGGAUGUUGAAGUUGAGGAUUGUGAUGGUCAGAAUUGGGAGAAGUUUAUUGCUGAAAAUCCUGGAAUCAAAGAGCGAUCAAAAAAAGAAUGACAGAAGCUUUCUUGAUGGAUAACCACAGAAUGAUACCAUCUACACUAUACUGAACCUGUUCCAUUAAAUCAGUCACAAAUCUCCAUAGGGAUACAUUGAACAGGUCCUAAGAUAACCAAACUUACUAUUAUAUUUUUCUAAUGAAAUAUUCCCAUUAGAAGCCUAUUAGUGAAGAUGAUGUCCAGGCCUACAGACCUGUCACAUUCCUCAAAAAACUCACCUUCUAUGUAGAAUUAUAUUUAGCUAAAUUUGUACACUCAAAUGAAAAAAUUUCUCAUCAA